GCAGUCUGCUAUUGCCACGCCCAGUGUGUCCAGCUCUAGGCAACUUCAGUGUUGUACCUUUAGGGUUUUCUCACCAUCUCUGCUCGUUCCUCGACCGAUGGGGAUGAAGGUAGCAGCGUUCGACUGGAGUAGGCUUAGUGUUUUACUCCCUCUGUUCGUAUUGUUGUCGGGACGGCGUGCCGGAGCGCAAGACUGAGUCAUGAUGAUUUCGUGCGACGGAUUCCGACACGAUUACCUUUCCCUCGCCGAUACACCUCAUUUGGACGCGUUGAGGGAGAAUGGAGUCUACGUGGCGAAGUUGAAGCCGAUCUUCCCGUCCAUCACCUUCGUGAAUCAUCAAGCCAUCGCCACGGGUCUCUACGCCGAGACUCACGGGAUCUUAGCAAACGAUAUCAUCGAUUCCGAGACGGGAGAAUUGGUGAACAUGUUCGACGACGGCGAGAAAUUCGCUACCGCGGACCCACGCAUCAUCCCCAUCUGGGUGUCGAACGAAGAGGCAGCGAGCGGGAGAUAUUCGGGAGUGAGCAUGUGGGCGGGAGGACAGUUUCACUGGGGCCCGAACGAAGCCGUGCCGACUCAUCUCACGUUGUACGAUGGGAGCGUGCCGUGGGAGGAGAGGGUGGAUCUCGCCCUGUCCUGGUUCGUCGACCCGGAUCGACCGGCCAAUUUCGUCGUCUUCUACUUGGAGGAACCCGAUAGUACGGGGCACGAUAACGGACCGGAAUCUCCGGAGGUGAAGGCGAUGGUGGAGAUGGUGGAUGCAUUGCUUGGAUAUCUCGUGUCGCGGCUCGAGGCCCUGAGCCUUUUAGACGGGACUAAUCUCGUCUUCCUUUCGGACCACGGGAUGCUGGGAGUGAAUCGCAGCAUGACGUUGCACCUCGACUCCAUCCCCGUCCCUCCCAGUGAUUACUGGCAUGCCACAAACUCUCCCCUUGUGCUCAUCUAUCCGUUGGAAGGGAAAGAGGAAGAAGUUUAUCAGGGAUUCCUCACUGCAUCCAUGACGAGACCAUUCACAGUGUACAAAACGGAAAACAGUCCCGAAGAAUGGCAUUACGGACCCACACCACAUUCCCCACCAUUUUACAUAGUUGCCGACAAAGGAUAUACUUUCAGUGAUGAUGCCUGGUUGCUGAAUAUCCCCGAAGACCCGAGGAACGAGAUGAUCGGGGUCCACGGAUACAACAAUUCCUUUCCCGAAAUGCAGGCCUACUUUGUCGCCUACGGCCCGGCAUUCAAGCAGGGCUACGUAUCUCCUGAGGAUUUCGUUUUCAACAAUAUCGAUGUGUACCCUUUGCUCUGUCACCUCUUGGGAAUCCAAGCUCGUCCAAAUAACGGAACUCUGGAGCACUCCUUGGACUUUUUGGUGCCAACCAGCUCAACCGGCCACAGUGUCAGGGACUCGAGCUCGAAGGAGUGAUCGAUUUUGGAGUCACGUUCCAAGGCCGUUCUGGUGAGACGGAGCAAGUACCUCUGCCGAAGUAAUUGCAUUUCAAAUGCUGUCUCUAUAUUCACAAGUUUCCUUUUCGCAUUUCGUUUCUGUACUAAACCUUUAUUCCCCCUGUUUGUAGAAGUACAGAAUGCUUACAAACUGUAGCGCUUUGAAAUGAAUAUGUUCU